GAAGGAGGAGGGAAGAGGAGGAGGGGGUGAGGAGGGAAACAUGUCUGCUGCACAGCUCUGCUGCGCCAUGAAAUUAUCUAAAAUUUAAGUAAUAUUGGAGGUAGAAUGGUUUCAUUUAUCAUCAUUAAGUAACAGAUUCUCCAUGAGGCCCCCUCGUGAAAUGGGGAGCUAUCCAAUACACAUGGCAUCUCAUGAACUACUGUACCCAACAGAGAUGGCUAUUACAAAUACUGGAACCUCUAUCUGCCACAGACUUUCAAAACUUUUCAGUAUAAACAGGAAACUUUUUAUUUUCAUAUUGGUCUUACUUGCAUUGUUUUAUAUUCCUGCGUAUCACCAAUUAGCUCAACCUCAAAGUCAUGAUGAGGAACUAGAUGGCUGGCCAAGAAAUGGCACACGAGAGGUUCGUUUGUUUAUUCAACCAGACAAUGUUACCACAAUAAUAUCUCCAAAUUUCUGUGAAGGAAAGCAACCAUUUCUUUUGGUUGUUGUUUGCUCUGCCGUUCACAACUCAGAAGCUCGCAAAGCAAUCCGGGAAACAUGGGCAUCCAGUACCAGUUCUUUGAGAGAAAACAACAGAAGCAAUGAAGUAGUUCCUCACCCUCUCAAAGAAGUUUUUGUGGUUUUUCUAUUGGGAGACCCAGAUAACUCCACUCUUCAGUCAGUAGUGGAGGAGGAAAGCCGAAGAUUUGGUGACAUUGUGCAAGAAGGGUUUAUUGAUUCAUACAACAAUUUGACUGUUAAAUCUGUCAUGCUGUUGAAGUGGGUAACACAAAGAUGCAGCAGUGCUCUUUACGUAAUGAAAACAGAUGAUGAUACGAUGGUGAACUUACAAUCACUCCAGCUAUUUUUAAAAUCACAUCAGUCAUCAUUAGUAAAGCCCCGAACCAAGAAAGUGCCUCUUUUAGUUGGAAAUUUAAUAUGUGGAGCAAGGCCAAUCCUUGAUUCAACCCACAAAUGGUACAUGCCCAGGUACAUUUUUCCAGGGCGAACAUACCCCAAUUAUUUGUCAGGCUCUGGCUAUGUCAUGUCACAAGAAGUUGUUCAGGCCUUAUAUGAAGCAUCACAAAAAGUGUCACUCAUACCCCUCGAAGAUGUUUACAUAACUGGUCAAUGCGCAGUGUAUUCUGGAAUAAGGCCUUCUGGUCAUCCUGGAUUCAGUUUGGGCAAAAGACCCAUGUCUACAUGUUCUCUAGGAAACCCACAGGUUAUUACAACUCACAGACUUAAUCCAAAGGAACUACGAGAAGCAUGGGAUUUGUCACGCAUGUCAACAUUACUUUGCAAUAAAACAGUGCCGUCUUCUACCCCAGCUGCUGCACCUCAGUCAUUUUUGAGGGGUUCUAUGUUUGGAAGGAAACAACGUCACAUUUUUAAUUCCCGACGUAAUGGUCUUGGAUGUUAUUAGGAACAAGUCAUUACCUUUUCGUUUUGAUAUGAAGUAUUUCCUUGUUGCCUUUCCAAUCACUAUUAGGUAUGCAUACCUAGUACUGGUAGUUUCAAGGGUAGUUCUGUUAUCUUAAAUAUGCACUUUGCUCAGUUUUGAGAAUGUGGGACACUGUGCCUUUGUUCCAACAAAAAUGAAAACAUUUGAGUGAUUUUAACCAUGCAGAAUUUGUCUUUGAGCUUUGUUUAAAGCUUCCAAGCCUGUGGCAAUUCUGGAACAAUGCCAGUGGUUCUUCUUUCUCAAUUACUACUCAAAGCAUAUUGUUCUAUUCACAACAUUCAGUUGUUGUCUUGUUAUCUACUUGUAUGGUCAGUAACCGUCCACAUUUUCCCUCACCCUGCCUAAGCCAUCCUUUUAAGGAUGUUAUUGAAACUAAUUUUGAUUAACUACCUAGUUAAACUUUGAGAAUUUGGGUCUGCAACCCGCUAAUACAAUUUUUUAUAUUGGUUCUUGCUAUUUUCAGAAUAUGCUCUGUAUGUAUGUUGUAGGAAAGUAGCUCAAUCUUAAAAAGAAUUUGAUUCAUAGUAUAUUUUUGAUCUGAUGUUACCUUUGAGAAUUGCCUUACUUUUUAGAUAGAUAUUCUGUGGUAAUGAUUGUUAUCUUUUUUUUGACUGGAGAGGAAUAUUUUCCAAUUUUUUUAUCUGUAGAAUUGAAAUGAACUGCUCGUGGUUUGACCUUCGUAUACUGUGAGAGUGAGAUUUCUCAUCAUUUGUGUGUUUUAAUUAGUUUGCAUUAUGAUAUGCUUUAUAGAGCACUAAGAUAAUUUACCAGUAUAUUUGCAAUAUGAUCAACUUCAUAGGAUAUCCAAUGAUUUGUCCAUCCUUAUUUGUUAUGCUUUUUACAUUGACUUUUAAGGGGACUCGAUCUAGUAGGCAUAUUAGAUCUGUUUUUAAAUCUAACAUUAGUCUGCAUCUUUGAUCUGUAUUUAAAUUUAAUUC